GGAAGUGGCCCAGCGCGGCCAUUUCGCUUAGGUUGUUAACUACUCCUGACCUCUGCGUCGCCGGUGUGGGAGGCUGAGGUGUUUUGGGACAUUAGCAGUGGAGAUCCUGUGGGGUCUGUGAGGGGAACUCGGCUUGGGCCUAGCCAGACGUUCCCCAGCAGCUCUGAUCAAAGCCUCCAGAUGCCCACCCAGCUUCGAGGUCCUGGGAAAAGCGGAGUCGUCAGCAAGAGAAACAGAGAAGUGAAGCCCAGGGGAGACAUGCCUGCUGACGAGAAUUUGCCCCAAAGGUGCCAGGUCCUGCGUCCACAGGAGCAGGGUGGACCAUGUGAGGGAUUGGUGUCAUUUGAGGACGUGACCAUGGACUUCAGCAGGGAGGAGUGGCAGCAACUGGACCCUGCCCAGAGAUGCCUGUACUGGGACGUGAUGCUGGAGAUCUACAGCCACCUCCUCUCCGUGGGGUAUCAUAUUCCCAACCCAGAGAUCAUUUCCAGGAUGGAAAAAGGAAAGAAGUCAUGGAUAAGAGGGGCUCAGCUCCCACAUCAGAGGCAUCGAGAAGUGGUGUUUGGACUUAAAACCUCCCAACAGAAAAUAUUUGAAAAAGCUUCAUUUCACAAUGAUAAGGAAAGUGAAGUCACAAGAGAUGGUUCGUGGUGUUCCAUUUCAGAAGACCUGUGGGAACAUGCCAGUCGUACAGUGAGGAGUCAGUGGAAGCAAAAUGAACCUGCACAGCGUGGGGCUUUCCUCAACAGGAAAACACUGGAUACAGAGAGAGACUGUGAACGGAAGGACCCUGGAAAAAUCAUUCAUGUGAGGCCCCACCUUGUUUCUUCACAAAAAAGACCUCAUAAACAUUGCUCAUUUGCAAAAAGUUUGAAGCCUAACCUAGAAGUAAAUCAUCAAAAUCAAAGCGACCGCACAGAACGCCUUGAUGAGCUUGUUGGCUCUGGCCAGCUGUUCACCCGUAGCUCUUCCCGUGCUGGCUGCAAGCAUAUUCAUCCAGGAGAGAACUUCUGUGAUGGGGAUCAAUGUACGAAAGUCCUCAGCUAUAAACAGUCCUGCACACAGCAUCACAUUCAUAAUCAGGAGAAACCCGAUAAAUGUGCUGAGUGUGGGAGGGGCUUCCCCCAGAAGCCACCCCUCGAGCAGCAGAGAUUCCAUAGCGUAGAAAACCUCCAGGAAUGCAGCAGAUGCGCAAAGGGCUUCACCCCGCAACCAAAGCUCGGUGUAUAUCUGACAGAUCACACAGGUAACAUUCCUUACAUCUGUAAGGAGUGUGGGAAGGUCUUCAUUCAGAGAUCAGAACUGAUCACACACCAGAAAACGCACACGAGAAAGAAGUCCCAUAAAUGCCACGAAUGUGGGAAAGCCUUUUUCCAGAUGUUAUCUCUCUUCAGACAUCAGAGGACUCACACUAGUGGGAAACUCUACGAAUGCAGCGAAUGUGGGAAAGGCUUCUCCCAGAAUUCAACCCUCGCCAUCCAUCAGAAGAUUCAUACGGGUGAGCGCCAGUACGCAUGCGGCGAAUGCGGGAAGGCCUUCACCCAGAAGUCAACGCUCAGCUUGCACCAGAGAAUCCAUUCGGGGGAGAAGUCCUACGUGUGCAUUGAGUGCGGGCAGGCCUUUGUCCAGAAGGCGCAUCUGACUGUUCAUCAGAGAGGCCACACCGGAGAGAAACCUUACCCAUGCCACAGCUGUGGGAAAGCCUUCAUUUCCAAGUCACAGCUUGAUAUACAUCACCGAAUUCAUACUGGGGAGAAGCCUUACGAAUGUAGUGACUGUGGAAAAGCCUUUACCCAGAAGUCACACCUCAACAUCCACCAGAAAAUUCACACCGGAGAAAGACAACACGUAUGCAGUGACUGUGGGAAAGCCUUCAACCAGAAGUCCAUACUCAGCAUGCAUCAGAGAACUCACACCGGGGAGAAGCCUUACAAAUGCAGCGACUGUGGGAAAGCCUUCACUUCCAAGUCACAGUUCAAAGAGCAUCAGCGGAUUCACACCGGAGAGAAACCCUAUGUGUGCACCGAAUGUGGGAAGGCCUUCAAUGGCAGGUCAAAUUUCCACAAACAUCAGAUGACGCACACCAGAGAGAAAACCUUUGCCUGUUACAAAUGUGGGAACGCCUUUCUCCAGAGAUCAGAAUUGAUGGCACAUCAGAGAACGCAUGUUGGAGAGAAGCCUUAUGAAUGCUGUGACUGUGGGAAAUCCUUCAGCAGGAAACCACAGCUCCAAGUGCAUCAGCGGAUUCACACGGGAGAGAUGCCCUACGUAUGUUCUCAGUGUGGGAAGGCCUUCAACAACAGAUCCAAUUUUAAUAAACACCAAACUACUCAUACUAGAGACAGGUCUUAUUAAAGCAGUUAUUGUGUGAAAGGCUUUACCCAGAAAUCAGUUCCUCGUAUGCGUCGGCAUACACAUAAAUGAACCAAACUCUAAAUUUCUCGAAGAAGAAAAAAUACCUCCCAAGCGCCAGAUUCAGUCGUAGGUUAUAGAAUCCCUGAUUCUGAAAAACUCCAGGAAUGCACUGCAUGUUGCAGAGUUACACAUUAUUUGAUAUGAAAGAAAUGACCGCCCCUCAGAAAACAACUUUUAAGAAUGAGGGUAAAUGUCCAUAUUUGUACUAGCUUCGUUUAAGGAUUAUAAAAUUCAUCUGGGAAGAAACCCUGACUAACACAUUGAGAAGUGUUUUGCUCUAGAUAGUACAAGACAGACUUUUACCAGAUCGUUUAUAGAAAAAUUUGUGAGAAAUUAGUGAUAACCCUGUUGAAUAUGGAAUAUCCGUAUUUUCAACGUACUAGCAAAUUGAAUGACCAAACAGUAGGUGUGUGUAUGUGUUUAUAUGGUCAGGUCAGCAUAUACAUACAUAGAUACGUAUAUACACCUACAUAACGCUCAGUUCUGUAGCGUUUGUUGUAGGAUUCACUGCAUAGCAGAGGUGUGGGAAGAUUAUAUGCUUUUUUAAAGGAUCUACUGUAAUUAUGUAUCAAAUUUAUUCUUAAUUGAAUAUAUCCUGAGAUUGCACAGUCAAUAAUUAUUUCUUCAUAUAUACAGGCAUAGCUACCUCAUUUUAUCGUGCUUUGCAGAUACUGUGUUUUUAUAAAUUCAGUGGUUUGUAGCAGCCCUGCCAAGUCACAGUGCUAUUUUUCCGACAGUAUUUGCUCCCAUCAUGUCUCUGUCACAUGUUGGUCAUUCUUGGAAUAUUUCCAAGUUUUUCAUUCUUACUCUGUUGGUUGUGGUGAUCUGUGAUCAGUGAUUACAAAUUCAGAAGAUGGUUGGCUUUUUUUAGCAAUGAAGUGUUUUUUAAUAAGUAUACACUUUUCUCAGGCGUAACGUGGUUGCACAUGUCGUAGACUACAGUGUAGUGCCGACAUAACCCCACAUGCACUGGGAAACCAAAAAAUUCACUUGGUUUUAUUGCGAUAUUCGCUUUAUCGCGUGGCCUGAAACUGAACCUGCAGUGUCUCCGAGGUAUGCCUGUCUUGACACGUGAAUGUACUUUUUUGGUAAAUGUAUAAAUGUGAUUUUGUAACGUAUACUGGUCCUCACAGGGCACCUUUCCUCUUUCAUGACCCGCUCAGCUCUAUCCACCCCACCCCACCCCCCAUUUCUUUCCACCUCCACCAUCUCUGGUGAACAGCUCCAUAAAUGACCAGUGUUAAGCCUUCAUUAUGGACUUUUUUGUAUUUUUAUACAGGUUCGUAAUCAUUUACACCAGGAGUCAGCAAACUGGCCAUCAGCCAAAUAGUGUCGGCCACCUGCUCUUUUAAAUAAAAGUUUUAUUGGACACAG